AUGAACGCCCUCCCUCGCCUCCCGUGGCGCGUGUCCUCGCAGUCGACACAAAAAUGGAGCUGCUAUUUCUGCCAGCACGCCGCCCGCCCUGCGCCGCGCAGCCUGCGGACGCCCCCCAGCCGCCGAGCGGCAUCGACAACGCCGUCCUCUCCGAAGCAACAGAGCGGUCCCAGCUUCGGCGGUGCGCCAUCAAUGGAGCAGAUACACGCGCAUUAUAGAAAGAAGAAUGCUACGACAGCGUACUACACACUCAGCGUCAUUCUCGGGACAGUCGCCCUGUCAUACGGCUCUGUCCCUCUCUACAAGAUGAUCUGCCAAACAACAGGCUGGGGCGGCCAACCCGUCCGAGCCCACGGCCCGGACGUGGACUACAGCGAAGACGGCCUCGCCUCACGCCUGGUCCCCGUGACCACGGCCCGGCGCAUCCGCGUCACCUUCAACUCGUCUGUCUCGGACGUGCUGCCCUGGAAGUUCACCCCGCAGCAGCGCGAGGUGCGCGUGCUCCCCGGCGAGACGGCGCUGGCGUUCUACACGGCGACGAACAACUCAGACCAGGACAUUAUCGGGGUCGCGACCUACAGCGUCACGCCCGGUCAGGUGGCGCCGUAUUUCAGCAAGAUUCAAUGCUUCUGCUUCGAGGAACAGCGUUUGAAUGCGGGCGAGACGGUCGAUAUGCCGGUAUUCUUUUAUUUGGAUCCGGAUAUUGUUAAUGAUGUUAAUAUGCGCGGCAUUGAGACGGUUACAUUGAAUUAUACGUUUUUCAAGGCCAAGUACGACGACAACGGCAAGUUCAAGGCGCCUGCGCCGUUUGCGAGCAACUAA